AGCUUUUCAAGAAUAAAUGUUGACGAUACGCUUGAGUAACUUUAUUUAAUUUGGAAAAUUCAGAACUAGAUUGUCGCUUGCAAAAACAUCUUAAAAGAAAUAAUAGUUUGAAAGGCGCAAUUCGUUGUAACUUUAAAGUUUUCUUUGUGUUUAUCAAAAAAAUAAAUCAUGGCGACAAUGGCUCCUGUAACUCCCCUGCAACUCUCUACUGCACACGUUCAAGAAUCGCCAAAUGGAUUGGCUUUUGAUAUAUUAUUAAAAGAACCCGUCUCUUCAAAAGUUAUGCCAGCUUAUUCCCCAACACCAUUGUCUACUCCUGAAAUCUUAGAAAAAUUACGGAGUGCCGAAGAAAGGAAAAAGCAUAUAUUGGAUGAAAAAAAACAACGGCAAACUACUCAUGACAAACUCCAACACAUGAAACGAACGGUCCUAGAAUUCAACGAACACCAUCAAAAACAAGCUAGUGAUAAAGUGCAAAAAAAGUUUCUCACUGCAGAAGAACUUCUCACUCAGCAGAGAAAAGAAAUGGAAGAGAAACAAAAAAUAAGAGAAAUGAGAGCGAUCGAGGUGAAAAAAAUACAUGAGGAGAACCUUGAAUUAAAAAGGUAUCAAGCCGAAUUAAAAUUAUCUCAAUUAAAACUAGCUGAAGAAAAUCGUGAAGCAGCAAUGAAAAUCAUCGUUGAUAAAGCUCGACAAGACCUUAUAAAAGGUGAAAUGCUUCGAGCCGAAAAUCAAAAAAAGCUUGAAGAAAAGCUUGAAGAACUAGAUGAGCGAGUUAGGUUAAGUUUGACAGAAGCGGAAGAAAAGCGAAUGAGUCAUUUAACAGAAAUCAAAGAAAAGUGUGGUAAACACGUUGAUGAAGCAAAACGACGAGCUGCUCUCAAAGAAGGUGCUCGACAAACUUAAAGUUUCUUAUUUUUAUAGUAUUUUAGAUGUGUUUAUAUAUUGUUGACAUGAAACGGGGAUAUUGAAAAUAAAUUGUAGCAUAUAUACUGUCGAUAAAAUGUCCUAAAACUUUCUUAUUACAAAGAUUUAAAUCAGACA